GGCUGUCAGGGAGAGUACACGGCAGUGCAGCUCUCUGACAGGAUUUAAAGUAUGUACUUUUAGGCAAGAUUAUUUUAAUUUUUUACUUUUGGUUUUCCAAGACGGGGUCUGCAAACAGCUUGCCAUGGUUGUUUUGCCUUUAUUACUCUUCACACUCAUUCUGCAAAUUUCCUCAUUUGGUUAGCUAGCUUGAUCUUUCGGCCUGUCUCCGUUCACCGAUAUUUUGGCCUUCCUGACAGGUAUCUAAAUUGAAUUCGAUUCAAGGAACUAUCAUUGGAUUUACCUUGUAAGAAUGGAUUUUGGAAACGUUACCAACGAUUUCAGCCCAAUCACCACUCGCUUGACCAGCAGGUCGGACAGAAUCUCAGGGCUUUCCUCGCUGUCGCUGCCCGACAUGAUGGCCUCUCCUUUCAUCAAGAAGAAUCUCUUCUCUCCUGGACCCACAACUGUACUGUCUCCGGUCACUAAUCUGGCCCUAAACAUGAACAAUCUAGCUGGACUUGGCAGGUAAGAGUGUAAUACAAUGUAUGUUGCUAUGCUAGCUAGCUAUGUUGUUUUCAUGCUAGCUAAAACUUGAGUGUGAACGCUGCUUUGGGACACAACGUCGGGAGUCUGUAUCGGUUGGACUAACCUGAGUUGUGCGUUGUUCUAGUGGCUGGCGACAGAAAAUAACCCUACCACAAUAUAGCCGGCUUCACCACAAAAACGUUUCCUGUCAACAAAGGCAUAUGUAUAGUCUCUACGAACUCUAUCUAGCUAGCUACAGGACUUACCAGAUGUAAAGUGAAGUCACUCGCGAUCAAAUAAACGUCUGAAUCCAGCUUUUGUCCAAAGUGCACCAUAUUCCUGCUGAGUUAGACAGUGGGCUGUCAUUACUAGACCGCGCACUUCACGCAACAUUUCCAAGUUCUACCACGGUCUAAUUUACACAGCAGGAAUAUGGUGCGGUUUGGACGUGUGUUUGAUAGCGAGGGACACAUUUCACUUUACAUCAGGUAAGUAGAGUUCCUAGAGAUUGUACAUAUGCAUUUGUUGAAAGGAAACGGGGGUGAAGCGGUAGGGUUGUGGAAGGGUUAUUUUUAUAAGAAUUAGUCCAAACCCGAUCAUUGGUCCAACCCGUCUUGCAACUAAACUAGAGUUUCUGUUGAACAAAUCUAGGUACGUCCCUCCCUCCGCGUUUCGUUCGCUUCAGUUUAAAAAAACGUUUUGCAACAGAAUCGGUUUAAAUAAUACUCCCCAGCUAGUUAGCUAGCUGUUUCAAGCUAAUGAAAAUUGCUUGUUUGCUGGUUGUUAAAAAGUUCAGUGAUUAUGUAACCUUUUCCUUUACAGCCAACAGUGUGAUACUCCCAAGAGGAAACGUGUGCCCCUUCUGAAGAUUCCCUCCUUCGCCUCCGACUGCUCCUCGGAUGCUGGUAAGGCAUAUAAUAAGAUGGCUGCAAAUGUUUCACCCCAAUAAGUGUCAAUAAAAUGCUGGCAGUAGGAACUUGGCUUGCUAUUUAAACGGUCGUAUAUAUAUUUUUAUGUGCAGCCCAUAUAGGCGUUGUAUUACCAUGUCCUGUUUUUAAUUAUGCUGUUUCCAGUUGUGCAGUUUCACCACCUUCAACACAUGUGUAGGGUUAUUAUUUUUUUUGCCAGUACAGGACAAUACAGGAUAAAAGGCUAAAUGUACAUGAUUUAACAUUCACUUCUGUGUCACCUUGUAGACCUGUGGGUAAAUGUGUUAUGAUUUUAACUAGUCAACUGUUAACUAUCAGAUGAACAUCUUCCUCCAGGUCUUGGUAUGGAUUCCCCCAGCCCCAUGGAUCCCAUCCAUGUUGAGGAGACGUAAGUGAUAGUCCACUUGUCUGUCCCAAUCAGUCUCUCUGGUCUAGCUGGCCCUUUACUCCCUUCUGUCUUACUACCCCUCCUCAUCCCUCCUCCUCCUCAUCCCUCCUCCUCCUCCAUCCAUCCCUCCAUCCCUCCUCCUCAUCCCUCCCAUCCCUCCUCCUCAUCCCUCCUCCUCCUCCUCAUCCAUCCAUCCCUCCUCCUCCUCCUCAUCCAUCCAUCCCUCCUCCUCCUCAUCCCUCCAUCCCCUCCUCAUCCAUCCAUCCCUCAUCCCUCCUCCUCAUUAUUCCUCUCCAUCCCUCCUCAUCCCUCCUCUCCAUCCCUCCUCCUCCUCCUCAUCCCUCCACGAUAAGCCUACGAUAAGGAAAAACUCCAGGUAAAAAUACACUUGGCCGAUAUCCUAAUCUGACUUUGGUGCAGGUCAUGUUGUUCUUCACAUUACGGUCUCUGGUGAACACACACUAUAUCAAAUAAAAUCUAAUUUGUCACACGCACAGGAUACAGAAGGUGUAAACGGUACAGUGGAAUGGUUAUUUGCAUAGUAGCAAUAUCAGAAAGUGUCCAGAUAAAAAUAUUUUAAUUAUUAGAUGACGCUUACCCAGACACACUUGUCUAAACAUUUAUUUAUUUAUUUAUUUAUGUUAUUUCACCUUUAUUUAACCAGGUAAGCCAGUUGAGAACAAGUUCUCAUUUACAACUGCGACCUGGCCAAGAUAAAGCAAAGCAGUGCGAUAAAAACAACAACACAGAGUUACAUAUGGGGUAAAACAAAACAGAAAGUCAAAAAAAUACAACAGAAAAUAUAUAUAUAUAUAUAUACAGUGUGUGCGAAUGUAGUAAGUUUUGGAGGUAAGACCAUAAAUAGGCUAUAGUGCAAAAUAAUUACAAUUUAGUAUUAACACUGGAAUGCUAGAUGUGCAGAAGAUGAUGUGAAAAUAGAGAUACUGGGGUGCAAAUGAGCAAAAUAAAUAACAAUAUGGGGAUGAGGUAGUUGGGUGGGCUAAUUACAGAUGGGCUGUGUACAGGUGCAGUGAUCGGUAAGCUGCUCUGACAACUGAUGCUUAAAGUUAGUGAGGGAGAUAAGAGUCUCCAGCUUCAGAGAUUUUUGCAAUUCGUUCCAGUCAUUGGCAGCAGAGAACUGGAAGGAAUGGCGGCCAAAGGAGGUGUUGGCUUUGGGGAUGACCAGUGAGAUAUACCUGCUGGAGCGCAGACUACGGGUGGGUGCUGCUAUGGUGACCAAUGAGCUAAGAUAAGGCGGGGAUUUGCCUAGCAGUGAUUUAUAGAUGGCCUGGAGCAAGUGGGUUUGGCGAUGAAUAUGUAGUGAGGGCCAGCCAACGAGAGCGUACAGGUCACAAUGGUGGGUAGUAUAUGGGGCUUUGGUGACAAAACGGAUGGCACUGUGAUAGACUACAUCCAAUUUGCUGAGUAGAGUGUUGGAGGCUAUUUUGUAAAUGACAUUGCCGAAGUCAAAGAUCGGUAGGAUAGUCAGUUUUACGAGGGCAUGUUUGGCAGCAUGAGUGAAGGAGGCUUUGUUGCGAAAUAAGAAGCCAAUUCUAGAUUUAACUUUGGAUUGGAGAUUCUUAAUGUGAGUCUGGAAGGAGAGUUUACAGUCUAACCAGACACCUAGGUAUUUGUAGUUGUCCACAUACUCUAGGUCAGACCCGCCGAGAGUAGUGAUUCUAGUCGGGUGGGUGGGUGCCAGCAGCGUUCGAUUGAAGAGCAUGCAUUUAGUUUUACUAGUGUUUAAGAGCAGUUGGAGGCUACUGAAGGAGUGUUGUAUGGCAUUGAAGCUCGUUUGGAGGUUUGUUAACACUGUGUCCAAUGAAGGGCCAGAUGUACACAAAAUGGUGUCAUCUGCGUAGAGGUGGAUCUGAGAGUCACCAGCAGCAAGAGCGACAUCAUUGAUAUACACAGAGAAAAGAGUCGGCCCAAGAAUUGAACCCUGUGGCACCCCCAUAGAGACUGGCACAGGCCCAGACAACAGGCCCUCCGAUUUGACACAUUAAACUCUAUCUGAGAAGUAGUUGGUGAACCAGGCGAAGCAGUCAUUUGAGAAACCAAGGCUAUUUAGUCUGCCAAUAAGAAUGCAGUGGUUGACAGAGUCGAAAGCCUUGGCCAGGUCGAUGAAGACGGCUGCACAGUCCUGUCUAUUAUCGAUUGCGGUUAUAAUAUCGUUUAGGACCUUGAGCGUGGCUGAAGUGCACCCAUGACCAGCUCGGAAACCGGAUUGCAUAGCGGAGAAGGUACGGUGGUAUUCGAAAUGGUCGGUGAUCUGUUUGUUAACUUGGCUUUCAAAUACUUUCGAAAGGCAGGGCAGGAUGGAUAUAGGUCUGUAGCAGUUUGGAUCUAGAGUGUCACCCCCUUUGAAGAGGGGGAUGACCGCGGCAGCUUUCCAAUCUCUGGGGAUCUCAGACGUUACGAAAGAGAGGUUGAACAGACUAGUAAUAGGGGUUGCGACAAUUUCGGCGGCUAAUUUUAGAAAGAAAGUGUCCAGAUUGUCUAGCCCAGCUGAUUGAUGGGUCAUGUGAAAUAAAAGCUAUAACCACCACCCAGCCACAUCUAGCUGAGUGGACGGGUCACUAUUGUCUAGACAUGGACACAAUGAAGUCAUUUAGCAGACGCUCUCAUCCAGAGAUGGCUUGAUGGGUCAUGUAAUCAUCUGGCGAAGUGGAGUCUUGUUUAGAAAUGUAGCUAGCAAACAAUGAACGGGCAUAAUCCCAACUCCUACUAUCAAAACCUCCCUUUGGCCGCCAUUCCUUCCAGUUCUCUGCUGCUAAUGACUGGAACGAAUUGCAAAAAUCUCUGAAGCUGGAGACUCUUAUCUCCCUCAAUAACUUUAAGCGUCAGUUGUCAGAGCACCUUACCGAUCACUGCACCUGUACACAGCCCAUCUGAAAUUAGCCCACCCAUCUACCUCAUCCCCAUAUUGUUAUUUAUUUUGCUCAUUUGCACCCCAGUAUCUCUAUUCGCACAUAAUUUCUUGCACAUCUAGCAUUCCAGUGUUGAUACUAAUUGUAAUUAUUCUGCACUAUGGCCUAUUUAUUGCCUUACCUCCAUAACUUGCUACAUUUGCACACACUGUAUAUAGAUUUUCUGUUGUAUUUUUGACUUUAUGUUUUGUUUUACCCCAUAUGUAACUAUGUGUUGUUUUUAUCACACUGCUUUUGCUUUAUCUUGGCCAGGUCGCAGUUGUAAAUGAGAACUUGUUCUCAACUGGCUUACCUGGUUAAAUAAAGGUGACAUUAAAAAAAUAAAAUAAAAUGAUUGUCUUAGCUGUAGUAUGAAUCUGCAGGUAGCUAAAGCUAACCAACUAGGGUCAAUGUAAGCUAGCUAGCAUUAGGCUACAACUAUACUGAACACAAAUAUAAACGCAACAAUUUAAACGAUUUUACUGAGUUACAGGUCAUCUAAGGAAAUCUGGCAACAGGUCUGGUGGACAUUCCUGCAGUCAGCAUGCCAAUUGCACGCUCCUUUAAACUUGAGAAAUCUGUGGCAUUCUGUUGAGUUACAAAACUCGGUUUCAAGUAAUAUUACGACACAGAUCAUAAAGGUAACGUUAGCUAGCGAGCUAACCUACGCUUGCUAGCUAACAGUACGCUUUAACUUGCAAUGAAAACGACUUUCUGUCAAAAUUAGAAACGUAUAAUAUCUGAAAACGUAGCUAGACUCUUACCCGUAUACAUGGAUGAACGCGUCACGGCAGACUGGAACCAUUUCAACUCUUGUUUUGUUUGUAGCUACGUCUUGUUUGGCCAGCGUUGUGUCACGUCACUCCGGUUCACACUGACAGUGGCGUGUGCAGAAAGUAGCCCAUCACAACUUUUCCCAACUGAUCUGUCGAUAGCGCCUGCUAAAUUCAGGGCAUCAAUGUUGUAGAGAAAUGUUUGUAGUUCUCGAUGGCUAAAGUUACGUUUAAAAAAAGCUGCGGUAGAAAUGAUUAUCAACACAUACUGAGCAGCUCACGUUAUAGACAGAAGGAUGCUACAUGGCAGACCAAUCCCAACUCAUCUCCCGGCAUGUCCAGCCCAUCCAUUAUCUCAGCCAAUCAUGGCUAGCGGGAAGGUUCCUGUCUUUUUCCCUGGCUAAACUAAUUUAACCAUUUUUAUUUGUAUUUACAGAUGGAAUAGAAGUGUGUUAUUAAGGCACGUGAAAGUUCACGUGUUCCAGAAGGCAUUUCUGCCCAAAAAUGCAUUUUGAUAAAAUAACAAAUACGUUCAAAUGCCUCCAGUGAAGGAGUGACGUGUGACAUACGCCUAGUUUCCUGAAACGGGUCACUUCCUUUCUCUUCUGUCUGUCUGUACUCCCCCACUCUACUCAGCGCUCCUUUCCUCCCCUCGCUGCUUAUUUAGCCUAUAGGUGGGCAUUGCUCUGCUCUGUUGCACAGCGAUAAGGAGAGGCCACCUCUUGCCCCUCUCUCUAUACUCGGCUACAACCGUUGGUCCUCUGUCCUUCUUCAAUAGAGCCAGCCAGGGUAGUUUAGUUUAGCUGCAGACCUCUUCUGGCCUGGCUAGUGGCGAAGGCUGCCAGGGUCCUUUCACUGUGUAGGGCAGGGAUCUCAAUAAAUUGGUCUGUCGCUGAAUGUAAAUGUUUGUCUCUGGCAGGUUUGAGAAGGCCAUUCUCCAGUCUGGAGGAGCUGUCAAUGAGUAAGUACUUAGUCCCUCGUGCUCAAUGACCACUCAAUUAAUAGCUGUUUUUAAGACUCAUUUGACCCUAUAUUGCUGUCUGGGGAGUGGUUUCCUCUUUUCUAUAUUAAUGAUAGUCCAUCCAUGGUUACUGACGGUGUUGCUUAGUGACUGGUCCAUCCAUGGUUACUGACGGUGUUGCUUAGUGACUGGUCCAUCCAUGGUUACUGACGGUGUUGCUUAGUGACUGGUCCAUCCAUGGUUACUGACGGUGUUGCUUAGUGACUGGUCCAUCCAUGGUUACUGACAGUGUUGCUUAGUGACUGGUCCAUCCAUGCUCCUCUUCCCCACUUACAGAAAAAUGCCAAUCCGAAGAAUCAACUCUCUGCCACUGCAGCUGCUGGACUUCAGCCCGGCUCUGAAGGGUCCGGUCCAAGAGAGCCAGGAUCAGCACUUCUACGGGGACUUUGGACGGCUCGGCCCAGCCAAGGAUGCAGCCACCUCCUCUGGGCACAGCGGUCACGGUGGACAGGGCAACAAGGAGAACCAGGAGGAGGGGUUUGAGUUUAAGAAGCCCUCCAAGGCCAUGUCCCCCUGCCGUAUGAGGUCCUUCCAUAGUGGAGGAGGACAGAACAAGGACGAUGCCCGCUGGCCCAGCUCUGCCCCAGCACUCAUGGUGGGUAGCACGGACACACACACACACACACACACACACCUUUUAGCCAAGCCCCUCAUGGUGGCUAAUGCUUUGAGACUCACACACACUUACUGACAGUCACACAUCAUCAAAACAUGACUGUGGUCCAGCGGUUGUGGUGACGUUCAGACGACAUCCGUUAACCCUUCUGUUGCACCGAUCUUUCUCCCUCUAGCUAUCCCCGUCCCAACGCCUCAGCUCAUUGGACGACAGAAGCCCCGUGUUCCUGCAUCGCUGCUCCCUUGACGAUGACGACGGUUUCCUUGACGUUCUGGAUGACUGUGAGCAGUGUGACAUGCCCAUGGGGAUGUCCAGCCUGCUGACCGCUCCGCUAGUGAGGGACGGCAACGCGGCAGGAGAUGACACGGUAUGGAUGUCUGCCUGUCUUUGAGGUCAACCGAACCAGUCAUUUUACAUUUUAGUAGUUGAAAGGAAGUUUACCAAAAAUCCAGAAAUUCCAAAGAGAUUCCAUACAUUGAAACCAGUUCAGUGGAGUUGCCCCCCCCCCCCCCCCCCCCUCUCCUCCCCCCUCUCCCCCCCCCCCCCCCCUCCUCCCCCCCUCUCUCCCCCCUCUCUUACAACUUACAACCAAUACUACUUUUGACAAAAGUAGCUCAUUCGGCCGUACGCUUUCAAUAAAACCAACGAAUUUGUCCACACUUCGGAUUUCUGAAUCAUGAAUUCACUGGCACCGGAGCAGAGCGAGGCCUGCAACCAGCAACGUCAUGAGUCACGUGACCCGUUUUUGCAGCUGUGUCAGUACACUACCACAUGGGGAGAGGCCAAACUAAACUAGUUUCAAUGUAUGGAAUCACUUGGCAGUUUCUGAAUUCUGGGUAAACUUCUCCUUUAACUGUGGCCCUUAUCCAGAGCAACACCGUCGGUGUUCAACUAGGUUCAGUAGGAACCAGUACCAUAACGACCACUAUCAGCACAGUCCGUGCCAGGGCUUGUCCACAGUAGCAUCAAACUAACUUCGUCUUUGUCCUCCUCUUCCUCAGCCGGUGGUUGGUUGUCGGCCGCGGGGUCUGUUCCGCUCGCCCUCCAUGCCCAGCCAGGUGGGCCGCGUCCCUCUGAAGCGUCCCCAGGACCAGAACACUCCGGUCAGGGUGAAGAGACGACGCAGCCUGGCGGAAACUCGUGCCACCACCAUGGACCAGGACGACCGCUCUCCCAGCAAGAUGGUACCUUCCUGCUCAAUGUCUCCACCCCCUACAGUCACCUGCUCCUAGUACUUCCUGCCCAAUGUCUCCACCCCCUACAGUCACCUGCUCCUAGUACUUCCUGCCCAAUGUCUCCACCCCCUACAGUCACCUGCUCCUAGUACUUCCUGCUCAAUGUCUCCACCCCCUACAGUCACCUGGUCCUAGUACUUCCUGCCCAAUGUCUCCACCCCCUACAGUCACCUGCUCCUAGUACUUCCUGCCCAAUGUCUCCACCCCCUACAGUCACCUGGUCCUAGUACUUCCUGCCCAAUGUCUCCACCCCCUACAGUCACCUGCUCCUAGUACUUCCUGCCCAAUGUCUCCACCCCCUACAGUCACCUGCUCCUAGUACUUCCUGCCCAAUGUCUCCACCCCCUACAGUCACCUGCUCCUAGUACUUCCUGCCCAAUGUCUCCACCCCCUACAGUCACCUGGUCCUAGUACUUCCUGCCCAAUGUCUCCACCCCCUACAGUCACCUGCUCCUAGUACUUCCUGCCCAAUGUCUCCACCCCCUACAGUCACCUGCUCCUAGUACUUCCUGCCCAAUGUCUUUUCAGAGUGAAAAGAAGGAAGCCUGCACAUACAAAAUAUUGGAAAAUAUGCAUCCUGUUUGCAACAAGGCACUAAAGUAAUACUGAAAAUAAUUUUGCAAAGCAAUUAACUUUUGGUCAUGAAUACAAAGUCUUAUGUUUGGGGCCAAUAAAAUACAACACAUUACCGUGUACCACUCUCCAUAUUGUCAAGCAUAGUGGUGGCUGCAUCAUGUUAUGGGUAUUGUUGUGUUACGAACCGGCUCGUAGCCCGUAACAAAGAGGGAGACAACACAGAGAUAAAGGAAUCACAAACAUAUUAUUAAAUAAAGUAACGAUAUCCAAGUAACAAUGGUGUGAGUAGUCAGCAGUGGAAGUGUGCAUAGAUGGUGAUAAUGAGGGGUGUUGAGAAGCCCCCAAAAUGCCACAACCAAAAACAAGUGUUUCUGCGUGGAGAGUCUCCUCGACGUACGGGGGAAAGGUGUAUUUAUCCCCAGGACACACCCGAGCCCAGGUGUGUCCCAUUUAGCUGAUGACCCUCCUGGCUCCGCCCACCGACAUACUAUUUAAGGAAAACAAGAGGAAAGAGAGAGAAUACUUAUCUAAUCGAGAUACACUGAGGGUACAAAACAUUAGGAACACCUGCUCUUUCCAUGACAGACUGACCAGGUGAAUCCAGGUGAAAGCUAUGGUCCCUUAUUGAUGUCACUUGUUAAAUCCACUUCAGUCAGUGAAGAUGAAGGGGAGGAGACAGGUUAAAGAAGGAUUUUUAAGCCUUGAGACAAUUGAGACAUGGAUUGUGUAUGUGAGCCAUUCAGAGAGUGAAUGGGCAAGACAAAAUAUUUAAGUGCCUUUGAACGGGGUAUGGUAGUAGGUGUAUCAAGAAUGAUCCACCACCCAAAGGACAUCCAGUCAACUUGACACCACUGUGGGGAGCAUUGGAGUCAACAUGGAUCAGCAUCCCUGUGGAAUGCUUUUGACACCAUGUAGAGUUCAUGCCCUGGUGAAUUGAGGCUGUUCUGAGGGCAAAAGGGGGUGGGGGGGUGCAACUCAAUAGUAGGAAGGUGUUCCUAAUGUUUUGUACACUCUGUGUGUUAUUUUACAAAUGUUAGAAUUUUUCUUCCACUUUGACAGAGUAUUUUGUGUAGAUCGUUAACAAAAAAUGACAAAAUCCAUUUUAAUCCUGCUUUGUAACACAACAAAAUGUGGAAAAUGUCUAGGGGUGUGAAUACUUUCUGAAGUCACUGUACAUUACCAUCUACUGCUGUUAUUCUACAUUACCAUCUACUGCUGUUAUUCUACAUUACCAUCUACUGCUGUUAUUCUACAUUACCAUCUGCUGCUGUUAUUCUACAUUACCAUCUACUGCUGUUAUUCUACAUUACCAUCUACUGCUGUUAUUCUACAUUACCAUCUACUGCUGUUAUUCUACAUUACCAUCUACUGUUGUUAGUCUACAUUACCAGCUGCUGCUGUUAUUCUACAUUACCAGCUGCUGCUGUUAUUCUACAUUACCAUCUACUGCUGUUAUUCUACAUUACCAUCUACUGCUGUUAUUCUACAUUACCAGCUACUGCUGUUAUUCUACAUUACCAGCUACUGCUGUUAUUCUACAUUACCAGCUACUGCUGUUAUUCUACAUUACCAGCUACUGCUGUUAUUCUACAUUACCAGCUACUGCUGUUAUUCUACAUUACCAGCUACUGCUGUUAUUCUACAUUACCAGCUACUGCUGUUAUUCUACAUUACCAGCUACUGCUGUUAUUCUACAUUACCAGCUACUGCUGUUAUUCUACAUUAGCCCCUGAAAUGACCAAACCCUCUCUCCUCUCGCCCCCAUCCAGGUGUGUUCCGAGCACCACAUCCAGCGCUCCAAAUCGUUCUGUAACCACACAGAGAUUGAGAAGCUGCUGGACAAGGAGCUGAUUGGAGAUUUCACCAAACCCUUUGUCCUGUCCACC